AGCCAUUUUGUUUUUCAGGGCUCUUUGCAAGGGGACUGGCCGUAAAUUGUAGCAAAUCAGCAGCUACAGUUGUACUGUUCUGUCUUCAGUUUCAGGAUGUUUCCCAUGGCCAGAAACGCUCUAAGUCGUCUCCGAGUUCAAAGCAUUCAGCAAACAAUUGCAAGGCAAAGCCAUCAGAAACGGACACCUGAUUUCCAUGACAAAUAUGGUAAUGCUGUAUUAGCUAGUGGAGCCACCUUCUGUGUUGCUGUAUGGGCUUAUACAGCAACACAAAUUGGAAUAGAAUGGAACCUGUCCCCUGUUGGCAGAGUCACCCCAAAGGAAUGGAGAGAUCAGUAAUCAUCCCAGCUGGUGUAAUAAUGAAUUGUUUCAAAACCAACUCAUAAUUGAUGCUAAGUAAAAGCACUGAGCACCCAUUGAAAUAUGGCCUGAUUGAAGAAAUAAAGUAUAUUUGAAACCUU